AUCGUCUUUUAUUUUGGGUUUCAUAAUCACACAUGUGGAAUUGCGCCUUGGCUUAUUCGGCAUAUUGAACCUUCGGCCUAAUGCGCCUCCUUUUUGAAAAGUCGGACAAACGGACCUUCGGACCAAUGGGUUCUUUUUUCGGAGCAUUGAACCGUCCGCAUAGUGGCAUGUCGAUCUAAUGUGAAAUAUUUCGGACCAUCGAGGAGUCGGAACAAUGAGGUGUCGGAAUUACGGGCAGGCCCCUGAACCCCAGCGUCACGCCUAGCAGAGCUGCAGGCGGUCGCACCGUUUUGCACACGAAGUUCGAGAUGUUCAAGAAGAGCAAGGAAAAGGCUCACCUCUUGACGGAGACCAUUCCCACAUAUUCCGCGGACAGUAAUCCAUACCAAGAUGGCGUUGACGGCGUCGUCAAGCAUUGCCAUGACAACAGCCGCGCCAAGGAGGACCGCGAGCGCGAGAGGAAGACGGCGAGGGAGAGGCUGUACGUGGUGUCGGUCAUCUGCCUCAUCUUCAUGAUCGGAGAGAUCGUGGGGGGGUACUUUGCGGGGAGCCUGGCGGUGAUGACGGACGCCGCCCACCUGUUGGUGGACCUCACCAGCUUCAUCAUCAGCCUCUGCUCCCUCUGGCUCUCGUCCCGCCCCGCCACGCACACGCUCAACUACGGCUGGCAUCGCGCUGAGAUCCUCGGGGCCCUGCUGUCUGUGUUCACCAUCUGGCUGGUGACGGGGGUGCUGGUGUACCUGGCCGUGGAGCGCAUCGUCAGCGACGACUACGUCAUCGACGGCACCAUCAUGCUCAUCACCUCCGGCUGCGCCGUCAUCGCCAACAUCAUCAUGGCGCUCACCCUGCACCAAUCAGGACACGGCCACUCCCACGGAGGGCUCAGUUCCCAUGGUCACAGCCACGCCCCGGGAGAGGACGGACACGCCAACCACGGCCACGGUAACCACGGUGACAAGGACGUGGAAGGAGUUGAGCAGGGGAAGCGCGCCCAGCAGGCCAACGCCAGCGUGCGCGCCGCCUUCGUGCACGUGGUGGGCGACCUCCUGCAGAGCGUCAGCGUCAUGGUCAGCGCCGUCAUCAUCUACUUCAAGCCCGAGUAUAAAAUAGCAGAUCCCAUCUGCACCUUCCUCUUCUCCCUCUUCGUCCUUGGGACCACGGUGACCAUCCUGAGGGACAUCCUCAUCGUCCUCAUGGAAGGUACCCCGUCGGGGGUGAGGUACGUGGAGGUCCGGGAGCGCCUGCUGGCGGUCAAGGGGGUGACGGCGGUCCACAACCUCCACAUCUGGGCCCUGACCAUGAACCAGGCCGUGCUGUCCGCCCACGUCGCCAUCGACGACACGGUGGACGCCCAGUCGGUGUUGAGGGAGAUGACCCAGGCCUGCUACCUCUCCUUCAACUUCCACUCUAUCACCAUCCAGAUGGAGCGUGAGGCCGACCUCAAGCCCGACUGCACACUGUGCGAGGACCCCGUGAAAUAACCCACCUGAACUCUAAGUACGCCCUUAACCCCCCUCUGAGGACCCUGUAAUGUCACCGACCUGCACUCUGUGUUAGGACCCCAUACACCUUGCCCUGGGUAAGGACCUCUUAAACCUCACUCUGUGUAAGGACCCCAUACACCUUGCCCUGUGAUGGGGACCCCAUAAACCUCCCCCCUGGGUAAGGACCUCUUAAACCUCACUCUGUGUAAGGACCCCAUACACCUUGCCCUGUGAUGGGGACCCCAUAAACCUCCCCCAUGGGUAAGGACCUCUUAAACCUCACUCUGUGUAAGGACCCCAUACACCUUGCCCUGUGAUGGGGACCCCAUAAACCUCCCCCCUGGGUAAGGACCUCUUAAACCUCACUCUGUGUAAGGACCCCAUACACCUUGCCCUGUGAUGGGGACCCCAUAAACCUCCCCCCUGGGUAAGGACCUCUUAAACCUCACUCUGUGUAAGGACCCCAUACACCUUGCCCUGUGAUGGGGACCCCAUAAACCUCCCCCUGGGUAAGGACCUCUUAAACCUCACUCUGUGUAAGGACCCCAUAAACCUUGCCCUGUGAUGGGGACCCCAUAAACAUCACCCUGUGAGGGGACCCCAUACACCUUGCCCUGUGUUGGGGACCACAUGAACCUCCCACCUGGGUAAGGACCUCUUAAACUUCACUCUGUGUAAGGACCCCAUAAACCUCGCCCUGUGAUGGGGACCCCAUAAACAUCACCCUGUGAGGGGACCCCAUAAACCUUACCCUGCGUAAGGACCCCAUAAACCUUGCCAUGUGACCCAUGCUUUGGGGAUGACUAAGGGGUUGAUUUUACACAAAUCCUCAUCACACGACCACAUUUAUAUGUUGGUAUUAGCGGAAUAGUUCUCAUUUAAAUCAUAAGUUAACGACUGUGUUUUUGAUAACUCAACUUAAGAGAAAUCCUCAAUAAAUGCAGUGGGUGAUUUCAUUUUCAACUUAUGAAAGGAAAAGUGCGGUGUUUUAAAUUAUGUUUGUGUGUAUACUCAUUUCAGUUUUGUUGAGUUGAAGGUAUAUUAUUUAGCUGGAACAGAACAAACUGUUUUAGUCUAGAUGAUUUAAGCCAUGCUUGUUUUAAAUGGGGUUGAAAUGGUCUCCGGUUUUCAGUUAGAAACUGAAAUACUCUUGGUACUGUAGCUAAAAAGGUACCAGUGGCAUUUUACCAUAUUUUAGCAUUUGGCAUAAUGUUAAGUGAAAAUAACGUUUUCUUUUUCAUUCAAUAAAAUAUUUUCGGCAGUAUU